AUGACAACUUCUACGGAUAAACUUCCAACAAUUUUAAUUGUUGGGGCUGGUUUAGGUGGACUUAAUCUUUAUCAAUCAAUUCGAAAAAAUCUUGGUCGGAAAUUUAAUGUAAAAAUAUUCGAACGUGAAACUAGUCCUGAAGACCGAUGGCAAGGUUACAACAUUUUCAUUAAUAAAAAAGGUGUUACUUCAUUAUUUUAUUGCACACCACCUGAAGUUCAAGCUCGCUUUCCUGAAGCAAUGCCGGAUCCAAUUUCUAAGGAACAACAUACUAUAGCGAUGAUUGACCAUUUUGGAAAACAAUUAUUUCAUAUACCACAACCAAAAUUUAAGAGUAUUUAUGAAAUAGAAUCUAUUAAAACUGAUUUUGCAGGUAUAAUUACAUAUCGGAAUAGAUUACGCGAUGUUUUAUUAGAAGGUGUUGAUAUUCAGUGGGGUAAAAAAUGUAUUGGAUAUGAAGAAAGUGAAGAUGGAGUUUGGGUAUUGUUUGAAGAUGGAACCAAAGAAUUUGGAGAUUUAUUAAUUGGAGCUGAUGGAAUUAAUUCGCCGAUUCGAAAACAAAAAGUUCCUAAUUUAGAAAUCUUUAAUCUUGGUGUAACUAGCAUCGACGUAGAUAUAGCAGUACCAAAACAUCUGGCCGACAAAUUUGCAGCUCUUUACUCAAAUGCAUUAAUGCAAAAAUCCCUUGGUCGAAAUGGAGAUAGUACGUUUUCAUUGAUGCGUCUUAUACCAAUCGAUCAAUCCGAUGAACCACUUGACGAUGAUAAUCCAGAAUCAGUUAUUAAACAUGCAAUUUUAAGAAUCAAACAAUUGCGUCCACCUUGUGAAUUAACGGAUCUAUUGAUUGAGUUAUUUUCGUUGGUUCCAUAUUCUGAUCCAGGGAAGAAGAAUCUGUUUCGAACGUAUAAUCCUCCACGACGUCGUCCACUUCGCGAUAUUGAUCCAUUAUCUGUCCCGCCAUGGAAAGAUGAUAGAAUCGUUUUGUUAGGUGAUGCAGCUCAUGCUAUGAAUCCAAUAUUAGGAUUAGGUGCAAAUAAUGCAUUACAAGAUGCCGAGCUGUUAACUAAAGAAUUACUUAAAUGCGAAAAUGAUGAUUUAAUCGAAUGCAUUCGACGAUACAAUAAGCAAAUGAGAGCUCGAGCAUCUAAAGACGUUCAGUCAUCUCGCACAACAGUGCUAAGACAAAAAACUCCGGUUGGAGAUUUUGGUUUAGUUUUUAGAUAUUGUAUUCUUAGGGUUAUUAACGCUAUUAUAAACAUUGUUUUUUUUGUUCAAACCCAUAUUUAA